AUUUAAGGGAGAAUGAUUCAUGGAAGGAACAGCAUAUGCUACUCCUUGUAUCUGAUUUUCUGGAUGAAAGUUAUAUUUUGUCUACUACAGAAAGUUCAAUCUUACCAAAAUGAAUGGUACGAGACAACAUCCAUUUACCAAGUAUAUAUACAAGGUCAUUUAUGGACUCCAAUAAUGAUGGUAAUGGGGAUUUUAAGGGUAUACUAGAGAGACUGGAUUACAUUCAAGCUUUAGGAUUUGAAACGGUUUAUGUCCAGACCGUUUUUAAAUCCCCUUUCCUGGACGGAGGAUAUGACAUUUCAGAUAAUAAAGACGUCAAUCCAAUGUUCGGGACCAUGGAGGAAUUGAAAAAUUUGAUUGAUGAAAUUCACAAAAGAGGAAUGAAAAUUCUUCUUGAUUUUGUUCCAAACCACACGAGUAACCAACAUGAGUGGUUCAAGAAGUCUGUCAAAAGGGAAGCUCCUUACACUGACUUCUAUGUUUGGGAAGAUCCAAAAAAAUAUGAUCCCGAGACAAACCAACCAAUCCCGCCUAGUAAUUGGAUAAGCUUUCCAAAAGGUUCUAUGUGGGAGUGGAACGAUGAAAGGAAACAAUUCUAUUUGCAUCAGUUCUUACCCUUGCAACCUGAUCUGAACUAUCGAAAUCGGGCGUUAAGAGAGGCAGUGAAGGACAUUAUUCGAUUUUGGUUAGAUUUUGGUGUCGAUGGGUUUCGGGUUGAUGCGAUUGGACAUCUGAUGGAAGAUGCAAUGCUGAGAGACAAUCCUUGGCAACCUGGUAUGUUCGGGAUAAAUAACUAUUUUGCUCAAAUUCACACAUACAGUCAGAACCAGGAAGACAUGUAUGAAGUAACUCACGAAUGGCGUUUGCUCUUGGAUGAGUAUAAAGAAAAAACCAAAAAAGCCAGGAUAAUGGGAUUUGAAUUUUGGGACUCUGCGGAAAUGACUCAAAAGCUCAUGGGUAAUGAGACACACAAGAAUCUACAUUUUCAACUGACUCCAAAUAUGUGGCUCGCAAGGAAAUUUAAUUCAAGUGCAAUUAUAGAACGUGUCCAAGAUCAAUUGUGGGCCUCAUCACCAUCUGGAAUACCAAGUUGGUCGAUUGGGAAUCACGAUAAAGGUCGAGCAGGAGAUUUAGGUGGCCCAGAAAUAUCCCUGCCCUCUUUCAUGAUAGUUCUUCUACUCCCAGGAGUGGUAAAUAGUUACUACGGCGAGGAGAUAUCGAUGACGAGCCUCCCUUUACGCCCCGAUCAAAAGGGUGACAGGGACCCACACGGUGAGAUCAUGCACAGGACCCCGAUGCAGUGGGACGACUCUCCCAAUGCAGGUUUUACGAAAAGAAGAAUUCCAUGGUUGCCCGUGAACCCAAAUUACUAUGCAAUUAACGUGAAGAGACAAGCGGGCGAAAAAAACAGUCAGUUGAACAAUUUUAAACGUCUGAUGAAACUCAGGAAGACACCUACCAUUAUGCAAGGAGAGUUGAAUAUGUGUGCGCCAACACCUUGGCUCUUUGUUUUUCAAAGGUACCUACAUGGCGAAGCACCAAUCGUAGUGGUCGUCAAUCUAGGCACGGAAAUGGAAGUUAUCAGUCUAAAUAACUGCUCAUUUAGUUUGCCAAGGAUCAUGGAAGUUCAUACGGCCAGCUGCAACUCGGGUUUCGAGAUUGGGGAUAGAUUUGUAGUUUGCAUUUCCAAUGACUCGACUCAUUGCCCUGAACUGCGUCCAAGAUCUGGAUUGGUUUUGACAUCCGUGAUAAGCUCUGGGGGUAGUUCUGCUGUCAUUUCUAUUUAUCUAUUUCCUACUAUUUUCUGUUCUUUCACUUACAGUGUUUUGAGAUAUCGCUCGCCGAAAAACACGGUGUUUGUAGUCGUCCACGGCGGUAUGCAUACCAUGAUUUCUUCCGCUUUUAUUUCAUCGAUCAGAUACACACAUUUGCAUGGGUUGCUAGACAUGAAACAUGAAAAGAAAAAAGAUGAAAGUAACCAUGGUAUGCACAACCGUGAUGAAUGA